AUGGAAGAGUCUGAAGAUGUAGGUUCGGGUAACAUUAAGGUUGUUUGUCGUUUUCGUCCCCUCAACCAAAAAGAAAAAGAGAUCUCAAUGCGUGUUUGCGUGGAUUUCAGCAGUGACAAUAAGACUGUUAUAGUAAAAUCUCAACAAGAAAACUCAGAACCUCUUAAGUUUAAUUAUGAUCAUGUUUUCGAUCCUGAAUCUACUCAAGGUGCAGUUUAUGAAAUCGCGGCUAAACCUAUUGUAGAAGCUGUUAUGCAAGGAUUUAAUGGGACAGUAUUUGCGUAUGGCCAAACCUCAAGUGGGAAAACUUUUACAAUGACAGGUCCCGAUAUUACGAAUCCCGGAUUAAUGGGAAUUAUUCCUAGAAUGGUUAGCACAGUUUUUGAUAAAAUCCUCAGUGCUGAUGAGCAUUUAGAGUUCCAAAUCAAGGUAGCUUACUGCGAAAUUUAUAUGGAAAAAAUCAAAGAUUUACUGGACCCAUCUAAGAGUAAUUUGAAAAUACAUGAAGAUAGGACAAGAGGGAUUUAUAUAGCAGAUUUAACUGAAAGAUAUGUAGCUGAUCCUUUAGAAGUGUCAGAUUUAAUGAAAGUUGGGUCACAAAACAGAGAAGUUGGGUAUACAAAUAUGAAUGCUGGGUCCUCUAGGUCACACUCGAUUUUUAUAUUAACAGUUUCACAGUCAAAUUCCCAAGAUUUGUCAGCGAAAACAGGAAAAUUAUAUCUAGUUGAUUUGGCCGGAAGUGAAAAGAUUGGAAAAAUGGGUGCAGGUCCAAUGAAAUUGCCUUUUAGACAGUGUCCAUUUCACCGAAGUAUUUUUGGCCGAAAAUUGGUUGAAACUUUUCGAUAGUGACCCAAAAAAACGUUAAUUUUCGACCAAUCACACUAUUUAAAAUUUUCGACCAAAUGUAUUUCGGUGAAAUGUACACUAUCAAAAAUCCACUGUCAUUUGGCAUGGAGCCUGGAAAAAACUGGUGCUGAAGGCAAAAGACUUGAAGAAGCUAAAACGAUCAAUAAGUCAUUAACGACACUUGGGCAAGUUAUUUCUGCUCUAACAGAUGGAAAAUCAUCCCAUAUCCCAUAUAGAGAUUCUAAACUCACCAGAGUGCUGCAAGACUCACUUGGAGGAAACUCAAAAACUGCUUUAAUUAUUACUUGUUCACCGUCUCCUUACAAUGAAGAAGAAACUAUCAGCACUCUAAGAUUCGGCAUCAGGGCAAAAGCGAUUAAAAACAAGCCGAAAAUAAAUCGAGAAUAUACUGUUGGGGAACUUAAAUUGAUGCUGGCAAAAGCAAAAGAAGAAAUUGCUUUAAAAGACAAAAAGAUCAUUAGCAUUAGCAUUAACAUUACUUAGAGUGUUUAACAUGCUUCUCCAGCUCCUCAGGGUGAUUUAACAAAGCCACAAGGACUCACCUCAGCAAACACCAAUUGGUGACGUCACCAGGCCUUUCCGACGUCACACUUUUUAUCGGUAUGGCGAACAAUCCUAAGCAAGUGACGGCCAAUUAGCUGCCAAAUUUUCACGGCUGCGUUGCCUUGCUCAUAACUUGACUCCUGCGCGUUGUGCCACCGUGGUCUCCUUUCUUGGGAGGGUCAAGCAGUAAAACCCUGUGCCCACCAAACAUCCAAGGAUCAGGCCAGGAGGCUGUGCACCCCUCCCCGCUGCUUAUCUGAUAUUGCUGGAUAAGGUCUAACUGGGAAAACUGAACCUAGAAUAAUAAAAUUGCCAAAGGAAAGAAAAUUCUUCAAAGAAGAAUUUUCUCGACGACGCCAUUUUAUUAUUACAAAAGACAAAAAGAUCAAAGCGCUAGAAAGAAGCCUUAAAAAGACAGGGGCACCAAUUCCUGUUGAAAGUGAAAUUGAAGAAGAUGAAAAAAAAGAUAACGAUGAAACAGAAGAAAUUGAGUCAAAAUCAUCAGCAUAUGAUGAAGUUAUAGCAGAACUUGAGGAAACCCGAGCCAGGCUAUCAGAAGAAGUUGAAAACAAUAUGAAAUUCAAAAAUGAGUUCGCAAUUACACAAACUGAGCUUGUGAGGCUUCAAAAUGAAAGCAGGAACUCGCAACAGCAAAUUAUUGAUUUAUAUACCGUCUGCACAGCUAUAACGUGCAUUGACGCUUCAUUUUUUACAGUAACUUGGAGCUCUAACACGCUACCUAAAGGUGGCAGGUCAACUCCAAGUUGACAAAAGUAUCCUUUUACAAGGAUUUGUCAAGUUGGGCUGACUUGUCACCUUUAGGUGGCUCGUUAGAGCUCCAAGUUACUGUAAAAAAACAAGCGCCAAGCAUGCUAUAGCGGUGCAGACACUAUAUUGCAGCAACUAACUGAAAUUGAAGAAGUUUUGAAAGAAAAAGAAAAAAAAUAUGAGAAUUACGAUACUUUAAAAGUGACAAAUGAAAGCUUGUUAGCUGAUUUAAAUGCUGCUAAUUUCGAAAAAUUGAAGCUUGAAAAAAAUUUAGCGGAGAAAGAAAUCGAAAUCGAGCAAGUGCAAACCCGCCUUAAAAUGAGCGGCGAAAGAGAAAUUUCAAGCUUAAGGCAUGAACUUGAAGAGGAAAAAAGCAAAAAUAUAAGACUUGCUGAAGAAAUCACUGUAUAUCAAAGGCGAAUUGAUGAAUUUCUCCACCAAAAUGGUGGGAAAUUAAGUGAGCACAAAGAAGAAUUGUUUAGGAGAGAGCGAGAAAGCUGAAAACAAGAAAAAAAAUCCAUUGCUAGAGAAAUCCAAUCGAAAAUUGAAAGAAUAGUCAAUCUCGAAAUCCAAUUAGAUGAAUCAAGAGCUGGCUAUAAAACUCUAGAGAGCAACAUGUCUCAAGGUGAAAAAUCACUUAAGAAAAAAACUGACACUUUAGAAAGGAACCUUGAUCAAUUAACUCUUAUGUACCAGCAGCUUGUCAGCCAAAAGUCCAUGCUUAAAGUUGAUAAACAAAUAAAUGAAAGAAAAAUACAGAGGCUGAAUGAAAGAUGUCAAAUAUUAGAGGACCAGUCCAAUAACUUGAAAUCCAAACUUCUACAAGCUCAGCAACAGAUCAAAAAUCUUCAAAACGAUAAAGAAGAAAUCAUAGCAACGCCAAGGUAUUCACUCAAUGUCUAUACUCCUGGGAAUUCCAGAAUACGAAAACCUAUCAGAGGAGGGUCGAAAAAAGUCACGCAUUCUCCGGAGAGGCAUUUAUUCCCACCUGAAGAUGAAGAAGGCCACGAAAUUGUCCACGAAUAG